GCCGCACCGCAAGAGUCGUGUUGCGUCUCGAGGUGGCCCUACGAAAAGGCCGUUUCCGUCCGCCAGCAUGAAGUUUGCGAAGGAACUCGAACGCGACCAGAUCCCCGAGUGGCGGGCCAAAUACCUCGACUACAAGGGCGGCAAGAAGAAGCUCAAGGCCAUCGACCGCGCCCUCCGCAACGUGAGCCAGACGCCGCGACUGCGACGCCACGGCACCAACAUCCUGCCGUCGCCCUUUGACGCCGCGCCCAAGUAUGCCUUCCUCAACCGCGACAACCUGGGGCGCGACACGACGAGCAUGGCACGGGACCCGGACGACCUGAGGGCCCUCGCCAUCACCAACAGCCGCAAUAGCGCCCACGAGAGAUCCAACGGCAGCCGUGCUGCGCGCACGCCCGAGGAGGAGCCCUUGACGCGGGCAGCUACGCGCACAGGCUACGGCAGCAUCACGGGCGGACGGCCGCCGUCGCUGCAGCUGCCCGGCGCGGCGCUGGACCCCGACGACGCCUCCCCACGCAAGCAGAAGCAGCGGACGGUGCAGCUGCCCGAGUCGGCGCUCGAGACGGACAAUGCCUUCGAGGUGGGCAAGACGAGGUCGCCGCAGAAGCCGCAUGCCUCGCUGCCUGCCCGGUACAAGAGCAUCUUCAGCCCUAAGCGCAUGAACUCGAUGCCCGGCCCGACGGUCGAGUCGAACCCCCGGCCCUCGAUCAGGCGCAUCUUCUCCAUGGGCAACAAGUCCCCGCCGCCCAGCCCUGGUGACGUGCCUCUCGAAGCCUACCGGGAACUCGAUUUCCGCCAAGCCGAGUUCUUCGGCUUCCUCGACCUCGAGCUGGAGAAGGUCGAGUCCUUCUACAAGGAAAAAGAAACCGAAGCGACGCACCGUCUCGACGUCCUGCGUGACCAGCUGCACAUCAUGCGCGACCGCCGUCUCGACGAGCUCAUCAGACGACAGACCGCGAAGAUGAAGGCCAAGUCAGUCAAGAAACAUGUUGUCCAUGGCCAGCAACUGCACGGCCACACACACAGUCCGGGCGACGAAACGCCUCGAGACAACAAAGCGAACGGCGACGCCCUGAGCGCUUCGUGGCUGACUCCACUAGACGCUGCAUUGGAGGCCAUCAGCGCUGGCAAAUAUGGCAACAGCACCAAGAACAUGACACAGCUCGCCUCUCCAUCUGGCCUCCAGCCCAAUCAGCACCCCGAUGACCGCCGCGAUUACGUUCGUCGUCCUGAUCUGCCCGAUGUCCCCUACCAGGCGGCUAAGAGGAAGCUCAAGGUUGCCUUGCAAGAGUACUACCGCGGACUUGAGCUCCUCAAAUCAUAUGCAUUGCUAAACCGAACCGCUUUCCGCAAGAUCAACAAGAAGUAUGACAAAACUGUCAAUGCCCGGCCCUCUAUGCGGUAUAUGUCCGAAAAGGUCAAUCAAGCAUGGUUUGUCAACAGCGACGUUAUUGAGGGACACAUCCGCCAGGCCGAGGAUUUGUACGCAAGAUACUUCGAACGGGGUAACCACAAAGUCGCCGUAGGAAAACUCCGCAUCAAGGUCGCGCGAGCUGGUGACUACACUGACAACACAUUCCGAAACGGACUGUUGUUGUCUGCUGGUACUAUUCUUGGUCUACAGGGUCUGAUCAAGGCUACCAGUAUAGCCGAUCUGCGUAAUACAGACAACAGCAUCCUCUCUAUGAAGACGAGCUAUCUCUUGCAGAUAUACGCUGGAUAUUUUCUGAUCAAUUUCCUACUUCUCCUGUUCUGCUUGGCGUGUCGGGUGUGGCACGAGGCCAAGAUCAACUACGUCUUCAUCUUCGAAUACGAUACCCGCCAUUAUCUGGACUGGAGGCAGCUUGCCGAGGUGAGUGCACAAGCGCCAAGCCCAUCGUUCACCUAUUUACAACUUACAGCUUCCAUGUUGGUAUCUCUUCUUUCUUGGUCUAUGCAUGAUGAUCAACUUCCACCAAGUUGGGGGUGAUACCCUCUACAUAUACUACCCUGUCAUUCUUCUGGGCAUAUCCGUCAUCGUCCUAUUUAAUCCGUUCAAGAUCUUUUACUAUAGAAGUCGAAUGUGGCUUUUGUA